AUGCACAGGCACAACCGCCGUCCCGCGCGCUCCUGGCUGCACGGCAUCGACUACGACGCCCUGAUGGGGUCGCGGGCCGGGAGCGGGGCGCCUUCCGGGCAGCGCGCGACGCCGGGCCCCCCUGGGCAGUGCAGGGACGAGGUGCUGGCAGGCUACCUGUCCGAGGCUCGGGCCCAGGCAGAGGUGGCGGGCUCGCAGUUCCGGUACGGCUCCACUUCCCUGGCCGCCGCGGCCGUCCUGCCGGCGGAGGCCGAGGAGUUGCGCUGGUUCCUGAUGCCGGCGGAGGCCCUGCAGCUCCUGCACCAGGGGGGCGGCCACGAGCUGGGCGGCGCCGCAUGGCGGGCCCCCUUCGUGGCCCGCGGCUUCGGGGCAGCAUCGGGGCAGGGGUGCGCGGCGCCGAGGCGCCGCCGGGCGCGGGGUGUCCGGCUCCUGCUGGCGGGGCGGACCACCCGGGGGCGGGUGCCGAGCUGGACGCGGACCUCGCCGAGUUUGCCCUGCAGCUGCAGGGGCAGGAGGAGGAGGAGGAGC